AUGGAGUCAGACACGCUGCCCUACGAUGGUGACGGAGCGGCCUGGGAAGGAUGGCAGGUGCCGGCCUAUUCAACGUCUGGUUGCAAGAACCAAGCGUUCGAGGUUGGCUUCAAGCCCCCACAGGCUGAGAACGAUGCUGUUGCACCGACCAUACCAUACGACACCGUCUUCGACAUGGGCCCAGAGGUAGACGAUGCAGCCAUGGUUGGAGAUGCCACGCUCGCCUACGAAGCCGGUCCAGGUGAAGUGCCGGAAGUAAGUACCCUGACCAGUAUGCCUCCGCCCGCGUUGUCACACCCAGCGCCUGCCAGUGAGCAAGAGGCUCCGACACUGGCAUAUGGAGACACACUUGUUUUACAUCCGGAAGAUGCGGAUCAGGCAGUGCCUGAAGCUGAUGCACAACGUCCGAGUUGUGCAUCCAGCAAUGAAUCCGCGGCGGCACCUGACAACGUCACUUGUAAGACGGAUGCAGCAGCGACAAAGUCUGGUCUUCGGCUUCGGCUUUGGUGCAAGCAGCCACCGCCAACAGGAUAUGUGCCUCCUGCUCUGGCAUCCCGGCCACCAGCCAAGGCACGGGCGUCUGCUCCUGCAAAGAGGCCGGCGCCGGCCGCUGAGCAGACUCCCAAGCUGGUGGGCUGCAGAGUUGCAGUCACUGGUGAUGGCUGGGGUGGUGGAAUCGGAGGGUACGAGGCCACGGUGGUGGACUCUGAUGACCUUUCCUUGACGGUUAUCUUCAGGGACGAUGACAAGAAGUGGAAGGAGACCCACGUUCUACGUCAACACUGUGAGCUCAUCGAUGCUCCGCAGCCUGAGGUCAUUGUUGUCUAA